AUGCGGCUCCCUGAGCGUGUGUUCCGUGCAGGAAGUGGGGCUGGGGCGGCUCUCAGCUGCGUGGGGGAAGAGCAGAGGUGGGCACCCCAUGACCGGGAGGGGCCCAGCGGGCUGCAGGCUGGGCAGGGCCACGGCCUCUGGGAGGCCGGCCUGGGCAGCGAGGGGGGCUGGCAUGCAACCUGCUUCCGCCACUGCUGGCGGGGCGACCGGGGUGGGUUCCUCGGCUUCCUGGUCUGCCCCGAGGCCGAGCCCCGGCAGCCGGCCCUUGCGGACCGGUGGGGGACACAGCGCGCCCAGGGCCCAGCGAGGUCGGAAAUCGUGGCUGUGCAGCGAGAGCCCGGAGCUUGCGCUUGCUCCCCGGGUGGUGUUCCGCUGUGUCGCCUGGCCGCCGGCUGGCCGGGGCCCCGGGAGUGGGAGGCUGGAGGGGCGCCAGCCCGGAGGCCUGAGCAGAACCCUCGGGGCGUCUGCAGACGAGCCGGUCACCCUGAGGCGGGGCGCCCUUCCUGGGCGUCCCCCAGCUCGGGGCUGGGCCCGGGGGCCGCAGCCCUUCAGGGGGGCUCUGUGAGCCGCGCCCCAGUUGUGCCCCCGUUGGGUCCCUUUUCCCUCCGAAGAGUGGCAGGGGGCGGGGGGCUCUCAGGCGUCAGUCCUGCCCCCAGCGCGGAUGCCAACGCGCAGCCCCUGCGCGCGGCGCGCGCGCCGCCUGACUUGCUGGAGCCCGGAAAUGCCGAGUCAGCUUUUUCCGCGCCCCGGCCGGGCACGGUGACGAGCGAGCCGCCGCGGCCCGCGGGUCGGAGACAGGCUGCAGCCCGGCAUGGGGCGCGUUGCCGCAGCGCUGCAGUGGCCGCGGGAGCGCGGGGGGGCGGGGCGCGGGGGAGGCGGAGAAGACUGGAUCCGCUGAGUGAGCGGGAAAUCCCGGGGAUCCGAGGGCGCAGAGAGGAAGGGGCUGCGCGCGGCGAAGCCCAGGGGGGCGGGACGAGGGGGACGGGCCAGUUGGCCGCGGGAACUCUGAGCUGGGGUCCCGAGGUCUCCGCGGGGGUUCUGGGGACGGAGGCGGAGGAGGGGUGCCCAGGCUCCCAGCGCCCCUGCCCCUGCCCCUCCAGCCUGCAGAGGGCGGAGAUGCCCCCAGGGCUGCCGGGUGCCUGCGGCCGAGCCCCGUGGUGGGCUCCGACCCGGGGGCCAGGCCGGGUCCUGCGCCCCGCUGUCUCCGCUCCCCGGGAGGCCAGCGGCGGCCGGGGUUCUGGGGGCAGAAGGCACCGCGCCUCCCCGGCCGCUCCGGAUCCUGCCCUUUGUCUGCAUCACCCUGCCGCUCCCUCCCUCUCCUCUCUUCCCCGGCUCAGGGAACCUUCCUCCGCGCCCCCCGGAGCAGAUCGGCUGCCGCCCCGCCCGCCCCGCCCGCAGCCAAUCCCCGCCCUGCCCGGGAGGCUCCCGAAGCCGGUGGGCGGCGGGGGCUGUGGGGGCGCGCAGGAGCGCACGGAGUGGGCGGGGAUUUCUCCGUGUUGUCCCACGGACUCCGGGGACGCGAAGCUGCCUCGCCACCCCAAACUUCUCCGGGGGCGCGCCCAGUGGCAUCCGUUCCCCCACGCGCGUCCCCCCGCACACCCGUCCCCUGCCUGCAAGCCCGCAGCAGCCCCUGGAGGAGAGGGGCUUGGGCGCCCCGGGAGGCGCAGGCGCGGGGGUUGCCGGGGUGAGGGUCGCGCUUGGCCGCUGGGGAUCGCCCUGGUGGGGCACCGGCCGCUCGGUGUGCGGACUGAUGUGAGGAGCAUGUCAAUUGGCGGCGGCGGGGGAGCGGCUCGGGCUGUUACUACCGCAGAGCCGGCGCGCGCGACGAGCCGGCGGAGGAGCCGCAGCGCCCGGCGGUGCGAAGGGGCGGAGGGGCCCCGGCUGUCCCGCCUUCGGCGCUCCCCACGAGCUCGGGCCGCAGUGCGGCCGGACGCCCCGGGCCCGCGGGCGGAGCUCGGGGUCCUCUUGCGCAGAGCAGGGUACACGGGGAUCCUGGCCAGCCUGGACCCCGCCUCCUCUGUGCCCAGUGGGGGUCAGGGCCUGCCCGCCCGGCUGCUCCGGACGCGGGGCUCCGGGCUGGGGCCUGAGAAGCAGGGCGUGAGCUGGGCUGGGGGGUGGGGUGGUGGCCUCCUGGGAUUCCCGGCGGACACCCCCUUCUGCCCUCCAGCCCCGGACCUGCUGGGCAUCAGCCCCGAGGCCUCGGGUGAGUCACUGCCCUUUUCUGGGCUCCGGCCAGUGGCCCGGCGGCGGUGA